AACCCAAAACCUCUCCGUAAUUUGCCGCACGCCCACACCCUCCGCUCGCCUCGCGUACAGUCGCCCCGCCCCGUCUUCUUCAAUCUUCAGUUCAGCUUCCUCCCCGCCGGCCGCAUACCUCUUCGCUUGCCCUUCAAGCCGAACGCCCCCCUCUCCGCCGGUGUCCAGUUGCUCGCCCUUCAAGCCAGCCGCCCCCUCUCUGACACUGUCCAGUCGUCGUCCUUCAGAAUUUUGUCCGCCCUCCCUGUCGUCCGCCUUCCCGCUAGCACUUUGGAUUUGGUGUUGAAUUUUUUUUCUGCCUACACUUUGCUUCCAGUUGAUAGACCUGUUUGUUUAGGUUUAACAAACUAAUAAAUUUGUCCAACAAGUCCUCUGGACUUCAUCCCAUAAGAUGGGGUCGGCAUCAAAAAGGGAGAGAAAAUUACAAGCCAUUGGUAGUGGGUCUGAAGAUUUUGAAGACAUUGAUGAUUUUGAACUUCCUGUUGAGGAAGAGGAAUACUUAAGUGACGAAGAUGACAAUUCAGGGAAUGAGGAAGAAGAAGUCGAAGAUGAUGAAGAUGAGGAUGAGGAUGAAGAGCAAUUAGAAGAGGAAGAUGGAGGGGAGGAGGACCGUAAAGAUGCUGAGAUGGAGGAACUUGAGAAAGAAUAUAUGGAUCUUCGUCACCAGGAGCAAGACAUUUUGAAGAAUUUGAGGCAACAUAAGGAUGAGGAUUUUCUUAAGGGUCAAGCAGUGAAGAAUCAAAGGGCUUUGUGGGACAAAAGUCUGGAGCUUAGAUUUUUGCUUCAAAAGGCAUUCUCCAACUCAAAUAGAUUGCCAAAGGAACCAAUUAAGUCCUCAUUUUGUGAAUUAGACAAUGGUGUUGAGGUGGCAUAUUCAGAUUUGAUUACAUCAUCAAAGAAUACUUUGAAUUCUUUAUUGGAACUGCAAGAGGCUUUACUUGAAAAUAAUAAGCAUAUCGUCCAAGCCACCGAUGGAACUACAAAGCUUUUGGAGUCUUCCAGAAUCUCAAAUACUCAUAAUGAAGAUGAUGAAGAUUGGUCCCGAGUUGCUCAGAUGCAUCAGAGGAUAGGUGCUUUCAGAGAUAAGUCAAUUGACAAGUGGCAUAGGAAGACACAAGUUACGACAGGUGCUGCAGCUAUUAAAGGCAAAUUGCAGGCCUUCAAUCAGAAUAUUAGCGAACAAGUAGCUGCAUAUAUGAGAGAUCCAAGUAGGAUGCUUAAUCAAAUGCAGCUUGGGAGAUCAGCCGUACACGUAUUUGGAACGGUUCUUGACGAAAGCAAGAGCAAGGAGCAGGAAGCACAAGUUGAAGGAGGUGACCCUGAACUUUUCGACGACUCUGAAUUCUAUCAGCAAUUAUUGAAGGAGUUCUUUGAGACGAUUGAUCCGAAUUCAUCUGAGACAGCGUUCUAUGCAUUGAAGAAGUUGCAAACAAAGAAGAGAAAGAUAGUUGAUCGGCGAGCAUCAAAGAGUCGGAAGAUAAGAUACACUGUCCACGAAAAGAUUGUGAACUUCAUGACUCCUAUGCCUGUGGAUCUUCACCAAGCCACUCCCAAACUAGUCAACAACAUUUUUGGUCUGAAAUCCCACAUGUCAACUACAACCACGGCCGUUUAGUGCAUCUAUUCCGGCACCCCUCCACUUUUUUGGAAUUUUUCUGUCUUUAACAAGAACUACAAGUCUCUUGAUUAAUUGCAUGUUUGAAUACUUUCAGCUUAAUGUGUUUCUUGUAUUGAACAGUUUUGUUUACAUGUUGAAAUAUCAAUUAUAUACCUCUUUUGCCUA